GUCUUUGCUUGGCACGGAUUCGGAUCACGUUCUCUGUGCCUGGGCUUUGCAGCUGCUUUGCUACAUAAGCUGCCACCAAACUAGACCAUCAAGUAGAGCUCACUUCUCGUCUUGGAGAAAUCCACUCGAAGAGAGCUCUCUUCUUCUCUUGGGACCACAAAUCCUUUUCCUCGCAGCCAUGGAAAGUUACUUCUCGGCCGUCCAGAAGAUGGAGCAGACGGUGAUGUUCCCCAGCCUCCUUCAAGGAGUCUCCUUCGAAGAGAAGGAGGACGCCUGCGAUCCGGACGGCGCCAAAGACUUGUACGAAUAUUUCACCCAGCUGAAAUCCAUCAAGCCGAUGGUGGAAGGGGGCUUAGUGCCUUCUGACAACCGCCGGCUGCUUGGUGUUGCUAACCGAGCAAAGGAACCAGAAGACAACGAAGAGCAAGAUCUUGAAAGAGUCUUCUAUUACCACGUCUCAGCCUUGCACCGCAUCCUCCAGCAGCUGACCCGGAGAGCCGAUGCCGUGACGUCCAAAUACAACGAAAUUAUGAGCGAAAUCUCUCUUCGCUGGUGAACCUCAAACCAUGGACUGUACCUUGACGAGCCUGAUAUCCUUCCUUGGGGAUCUAUUUGAACAGAUCUGCAAAGAAAUCGCUUGACCGGACGACAUUGAGACAUUAUGAACUGCUGUCGUUUAACAGCAACAUCUCUGAACAUUUCAAGCACAUGUAUUGUGUUAUUGUAUUCUAUUUUAUGUGUUAUUUUAUUUUAUUUAUACCUGUAUCUGGGCAUAUUUGUGCCUCAGUUGGUAUUACAACAUUGAAAUUCCUAAUUAUUUAAGAGAUAUUACAUUAAUAUUACUAAAGAAACAUGACAAUUUUUUGUAUUUCUCAAUACGUUUUUCACUCGCUCGAUAAUUUCAGAUAAAUACCAAUAAAUUGCUUAUAUUUUUUAAA